AUGGUCGGCUCCGAGGUCGAUCAGAAAUACCUGGGGAACUAUGCAAAGGUUGUUGGGACUCACAAUGAGAGUCUAUCGGCGGCACUAUUCAAAGUGUUAGGACUAUCGACGAUACUAUCCAAGAAGUUGGUUCGGGCACGAAAACAGCGGAAAUUGGACCCGACAAGGACGACGAAAUCACUGGACCUAUAUCGACACAUAAUAUGGAUGGCAAGGGAAGGAUACAUAUUACUGGACGUCUACGUUUUACCGUUUGUGCUCAAUUUCAUCGAAUUGAAGGUGCUAGCGUUGAAAUUGAAGGCGUCGUUUCUUCACAUUUUCGUGCUAUUCGACCACACGUACCAAACCAAGACCGAUUUCUCGCUACCGGGCGGGCCAUUCCACCAGACGCAGCCGACGACGCCGGAAUUGGCAGAAGCUGAUGAACAUCAACCGGUAAAGGGGCAAACCAAUUCGUUCUACAAUUACAUCAAUAUUGCAUCCCAAGCAUUUGUAACAGCUGACGACUAUGCAACGCGAUUAUUAUCUGGUUCGCAUCCAUUACGGUUGAGCGUCAAGCUUGAGUACUCGGCAUUUGCACACGACUGCAUGAAGGAAUUUUCGUUAUCAAGAAGCAUUGCCAGAAAAGCGGUUGAUGAUGCGUUUGCUAGCAUGGAAGCUAUGACGGAUGAGAGUUUUGAGGACGCUAUGGAUUUAGUGUCGAGCUUGGGGGUUAUGGCACGGAGAGGGGGGAAUUAG